AGUAUGGCAUGGGGAUUGCCCAGUGCUGCCAGCCUGGCCCGUCUCUGCCAGAAGCUCAACCGGCUGAAGCCAUUGGAAGAUGCCAUGAUGGAGACUUCCCUGAGACGCUGCCUGUCUACACUGGACCUGGCGCUGCUGGGCAUCGGUGGCAUGGUGGGCUCGGGUCUCUAUGUGCUCACCGGCACAGUGGCUAAAGAAAUGGCUGGCCCGGCAGUGAUCAUCUCCUUUGCUGUGGCCGCUGUGGCCUCGCUGCUGGCAGCCCUGUGUUACGCAGAGUUUGGGGCUCGUGUGCCACGCACGGGCUCAGCCUACAUGUUCACCUAUGUGUCCAUGGGUGAGCUCUGGGCCUUCCUCAUUGGCUGGAAUGUGCUGCUGGAGUACAUGAUCGGGGGUGCUGCUGUGGCCCGAGCUUGGAGUGGCUACCUCGAUUCCAUCUUCAGCCACCACAUCCGGAAUUUUACAGAGACCCAUGUGGGCGCGUGGCAGGUACCCUUCCUUGCCCGCUACCCAGACUUCUUGGCUGCGGGCAUCCUGCUGAUCGCUGCUGCCUUUGUUUCCUGUGGGGCCCGUGUCUCCUCUUGGCUGAACCAUAUCUUCUCUGCCCUCAGCCUGGGUGUCAUCGUCUUCAUCGUCAUACUGGGCUUUGUGCUGGCCCAGCCCAGGAACUGGAGCACGCAGGAGGGUGGCUUUGCCCCUUUUGGUUUCUCGGGCAUCCUGGCGGGCACGGCCACAUGCUUCUAUGCCUUUGUGGGCUUCGAUGUCAUCGCCGCCUCCAGCGAAGAGGCCAGGAACCCCAAGCGGGCAGUGCCCAUGGCCAUCGCCAUCUCCCUAAGCCUGGUGGCUGGUGCCUACAUCCUGGUGUCCAUGGUCUUGACUCUGAUGGUGCCCUGGCACAGCCUGGACCCUGAGUCAGCCCUGGCUGAUGCCUUCUACCGGCGUGGCUAUGGCUGGGCUGGCUUCAUUGUGGCUGUGGGAUCCAUCUGUGCCAUGAACACUGUACUGCUCAGCAACCUCUUCUCCCUGCCGAGAAUCGUCUACGCCAUGGCCGCUGAUGGACUCUUCUUCCAGGUGUUUGCCCACGUGCACCCCAAGACCCAGGUGCCGGUAGUGGCCAUUGUUGUGUUUGGAAGCCUCAUGGCAGUGCUGGCCCUGAUCCUAGACCUCGAGGCUCUGGUCCAGUUCUUGUCUAUUGGAACGCUGCUGGCCUACACCUUCGUGGCGGCCAGCAUUAUCAUCCUUCGCUUCCAGAGAGUCCCAGCCCCUGGCUCACCACCAGCCCUACCCAGCCCAAGCCCCCCGUCCAAGCAGUAUGAGUCCUUCUCUGACAGGCUGCAACUGGUGGGGGCCACCCAGGCUGAGGCCCCUGAGCCAGGCCAGCUCAAGCUAGCCUGGCGGCCCUACCUGCCCUUUCUGAGCUCCCGCUGUGGCUCAGGGGCUUCUGUGACCUGGGCGUUGGGGGGCCUCAUGGUGUCUGCCAUUGGGCUCAGCUGUGUGCUUAUCUUUGGGGAUUCCACCCUGCACCUGCCCCGCUGGUGCUCCACCUUCUUGCUGGUUCUCUGCAGCCUUGCCUUCCUGUUCAGCCUCCUUCUCCUUGGCGCCCAUCAGCAGCAGCCAAGCCAGGACACUUUCCAGAUCCCUUGGGUGCCUCUGACUCCGGCUCUGAGCAUCCUUCUGAACAUCUGUCUCAUGCUGAAACUGAGCUAUAUGACCUGGCUGCGCUUCGCUAUCUGGUUACUGGCAGGGCUUGGUGUCUACUUUGGCUAUGGAAUCAGGCACAGCAAGGAGAAUGUGGAGGACCCUCCGGGUUCAGGCAGCACCCGCUAUGUGGUAUUCCCCAGUGGAAGCCUAGAGGAGACGGUGGAAGCAGUGCAGCCCCCCGGCCAAGCCAGCUCAGGACCUCCCCCGAGUGCCGACAGCCCCAGCCCUGGGAGCAGUGGCUGACACCCAGCAGACUGUUCAGAAUGGCCCUCACU